UCCACAUCCAGUUCCGCUCCUCUUACCGAUCGCCAGUCCGACCCUAAAACAGACGCCGAGCACGCCGAGCAGAACCGAUUACGCCGGGAGCAGGAGCCCGCGUACCAACUCACAUUCACCUGCAAGCCGUGCGGAGAGCGUUCCUCACAUCGUGUAUCAAAGCAUGGAUACCACCGUGGCACCGUCCUGAUUCGCUGCCCGAGCUGUGAAAACCGCCAUGUUAUCAGCGACCACCUUGGUAUUUUCUUCAAUCGGAAAAGGACGCUGGAGGAUCUACUGGAAGAACGUGGUCAGUCUAUCACACGUGGAGAGCUCCAGGGGGAUAUGGAGUUCUGGGAUGAUGGGACUGUGACUCGGAAAGAAUACGACAACGAUACGGAUCAGGCGAGG